AGUCCUUAUUUCUAACCGCCAGGAUACCUGUUGGAGCGAAGGCCUGACUCCAGCCUAGCUACUAUUGCAGGGCUAACCCGAGACGUCUGUCUUUACUUUGACUGCUAUCCCGUCCUGAUGGUCACCUUAACCACUUUCCUCUUGAGCAGCUGGCCGUACUCCUUGCCAGGCCCGGGCUCCUGGCCCAGGUAGUGGGAUCAAAACGAGCUAUUUCGGGCCCCGGCGCGCAGCCCCCGGGGGCCAACCUGGAGUGUUCAUGCUCAUGCCCCCUGGCCGCUGAGCACCCCAGGCUGAGUCAGAGGCACAGAAUUAGGCCCGACCUACUCUGGGGUAGGGUCUGUUCUGUGUCCUCCUGACUGCCUGGCAUGGGUGCAGCAUUCUCCAGGAGUCUGUUACUAAGACUGAUGCGUCAUCCUCAGAGCUGCCAGCCUGGCGGAGAUGGAUUAAGAGGACUGAGAACUCUUUGGGGGACUAAUCGGGACCCAGGGUCCCAACUGCCACAAUGAUUGCCACACCUAUAAGGGUGUCCACGGACUCUGGGUAUUUUUCCGUGCUGCUGGAUGUGAAGCACUUCUUGCCAGAGGAAAUCUCUGUCAAGGUGGUUGACGACCAUGUGGAGGUCCAUGCUCGGCACGAGGAGCGCCCGGAUGAACACGGAUUCAUUGCUCGAGAGUUCCACCGCCGAUACCGCCUGCCUCCUGGUGUGGACCCUGCUGCUGUGACCUCAGCACUGUCUCCUGAGGGUGUCCUGUCCAUCCAGGCCACACCAGCGUCGGCCCAGGCCCAACUUCCGUCACCACCUGCUGCCAAGUAGGGGUCCCAGCUGCACAGGACCGAACCCAGGAAGCCUCUUUAGGCUCUCUUUUAAAAGCCGAUCUGACUCCACUGCCCAGCCAGAUGUCCCAAUCGCCGUCAAGACAGCCUUUCCCAACCACACCUAGAUGUCCUUCGGAGACCUUUCCACCCCUAAGCCUACCUGAGCCCUAGUAACCUAGACAGCCUCCCUAAGCCCUCUCCCAGCUUUCCGGCCCGACCCAGGACACCUCUCUAGGGACGCUACUGUCACCCCUCAGUCAAGGCUCCCAUCAAAUUGACCCCACUUUGGGCUUCUAUCACCACGCAGGCCUCCUACCGCACUUGUAACCUGUGUAGAAUACCCCAAGGUGACACCAGAGUACAGUGUAGUCACCUAAUUCUCCACAUGGAGAAACUGCAUGGGCUUUCCACAUCAGAACAUCCAAGCCUAGUCCACCAGUCCUACCCACUAGUCCUGUUCUUGUAACAUAAUGCUCCUCUGCCCAGCCCACUUUCAGACUUAAAACUCCAGGCACCUAAAUUCUUGAAUACUAUUCUGACUUCCAAUUCUUGGGAAAACUAUUCCCAACUAACCAGGAACCCCAAACUCAAACUGUAUGGACACUUCAACUUCUCCAGAUGUGCUAGGCCAAUGAACAAGAACCCUUGAGUUCCUCUGUCCUGGCUGCCCAUCUGCAGCCAGAUGUCUUAGGGAGCCUCCUUCACAUCUGCCAUUCUCUAAGGUCACACCUUCACUGCCAACAUUUCCCAUCUCCGCAGGCCUUCCUACCAUCAGUCCCCAAUAAAUGCACUUGAGAUUUGUCAA